AUGCCCCCCAAGGCCGCUGACAAGAAGCCCGCCAACAAGGCCCCCGCCACUGCCUCCAAGGCUCCCGAGAAGAAGGAUGCUGGCAAGAAGACCGCUGCCUCUGGCGAGAAGAAGAAGCGCACCAAGGCGCGCAAGGAGACCUACUCCUCCUACAUUUACAAGGUCCUCAAGCAGGUCCACCCCGACACUGGUAUCUCCAACCGUGCCAUGUCCAUCCUCAACUCUUUCGUGAACGACAUCUUCGAGCGCGUCGCGACCGAGGCUUCCAAGCUUGCCGCCUACAACAAGAAGUCCACCAUCUCAUCCCGUGAGAUCCAGACCUCCGUGCGCCUCAUCCUUCCCGGCGAGCUUGCCAAGCACGCCGUGUCUGAAGGCACCAAGGCCGUCACCAAGUACUCGUCGAGCACGAAAUAG